ACACCAGAAUGUUAUGCUAAUUUAAUGAAAAGUUGUUGGGAUGCUGAUCCUAAAAAAAGACCUUCUAUAAAAGACAUUCGUUUGACUUUUGGUAGGUGGACAUUUAAAAGGGUUAAUGAUGAAGAAUUUAGACAAGGUGAAGCAAAAAGAGCGAAAUUAAUAAAAUCAAAGAAGAUUGGGCCGGAAUUUGCUGAAAAACGUCAUUUAGAAGCUAUU